UUGCGGGUGACUUUCAUACGGUUUUCCAGACGGUCUCUGUCAGUAUCUGAACGCCCGUGUACAACAGUUUCUACCAAAUGAGACGCAACAUUGGUUGAGGUAGAAUUUUAAAAGUAAACAGGGAUUAAGAAACAAAAUUUAUGCUGUCUUAUUUUGGAUUCUUUGAAACUAUGAUUCGCAUUGUCGCAUAUCUUUUCUACUGUCAUUCUUGGAAAACUUUAUUUUAAAACAUCGACUUUUCCACUUUUACCCUGCACAUUUCUCGUGUCUCAUACGAAGCUUAUCACAGGAGUUUGAAUAUCCGUAUUAGGUCAUGAAACAGAAGCGCAGAAGCAACCGAUGGCGAUGGACAUGUCUGAGUCAAUUCUACUUAAUUUAUAAAUUUAUUUAUAUGACAGUUUUAUUACAACAAAUAUUAUUUACAUAAGACUUCUGAUGUCUGAUAAUAGUUUCCAUUUGAAAAAUUAAAAUAAGUUUCUGUUUGAUUUUUAUCGAUUUUUUUGGCAAUAGAAAUCUGACAUCUAACGGAAUCACACGGCAACGUAGAUUCUUGUGUCAAAACAUGUGCUCUUCAGCCGAACUUCAAAUAAAAUAAAACUGUAAUAUCUUUGUUGUGCACGUUCGCAGAAAGCACAUCAACAAAAAAACAAAACAAAAAAACAAAACAAAACAACAAAGAAACAAAAUCUUUGUUGUGCAACUCGAAAGAUUUAAAGAACGCAUCAGAAGCAUGUCAAAGUUAGAAAACAGAUCAGAAGUUCAGGACAUCAUAGAAAUUGAUGUUUCACAAGAUGGUGAUGUGUGCAACCAAGACGAGUUAAAUACGCUGUAUCAGCAACCAUAUUUCUGUUCGGCUCGGAAAGCUGUUGGACUUGAAAAAUUAUACAUUCUGCAUGUAGAUUGUGAAUGGAAAUCAAAAAAGCUUGCAGCAGCUUUGUCAAAUCAUUCAGUUCACCUUACAUCUACUGAUACCCUGGACAAAAUUUCAACUUUCAUAGCCCAUGACCAGACCAUUGUUGAUGUUCAUUUUGAUCCUGUUAACCUCAAUUGUGUUCUUACUGGAUCUAGUGAUGGCAGUAUCAGAGUUUGGGAUAUAAGGAACCCUGAAAAAUGUUCGCAAGAGUUUAGAGAUGACACUGACCAAAAGAUAAAACCAUUUUUGUCUUUUGACAUCAACUGCAAUGGAACACUUUUAUGUGGAGGUACAGAGAAAGUGAAAAGUGAUACCCAUUUAUUCUUGUGGGACACAAGAUCCCCAAAAGUUUUGGCAGCUUAUUCAGAAUUCCAUGAAGAUGAUAUAUCUCAUGUCCAAUUUCACCCAACAUCACCAAACACAUUGGCAUCAUGUUCAACAGAUUGCCUGGUAAAUAUCUAUGAUUUGAAUGAAAAGGAUGAAGAUGAUGCCUUACAGUUUUGUUUGAAUACAGAAACAACAUGUGGGAGAUUACAGUGGCUUGGAUAUGAUAUGAAGACAAAACAAGAGAGCAUAUCAGUCACUACCAGUACAGAAAAUGUUCAAAUCUGGGACGUUGAAGAAGCAUCACCGAAACAUAUCUUUUCGCGAGAAAAAAUAGCAGAUGCGCUCAGGAGAAAGAAAUCUGAGACAUGUUUCGCCAUUCGAUGUUUUCAAAGGGGAGAAGGGCAAGAUCCUUUGUUACUUGCAGGUUCAAAUACGCCAAACAGGGGAUGCCUCAGAAUGUUAAAAAUGAGUGAAGGUGUACUGGAACCGUUUGCUAUUCUGUUCGAUGAGAAAGGCGGAAAUUCGCAAACGAUUCGUGGCGCCGCGUUUAAUCAAGUUAGCGGACAAGUUGUAUCAGGUGGCGAAGACGGGAUUAUUAACGUGUGGAUGCCAGGAGAAGUUAAGCAAGUGGCCAGUAAUAAUACGAGAAAGGUCAAGACGGAAGUUUUAUCCAAGAAAUUUGGCGGUGCACAUGGUAGUAAAAAGCCAUACUCAAAGUAAAUCUUUUCAAUACAUAAUGUAGCGCCACUAUGAUGUUCAAUGCAAAUGCAAAUGUGAAUACCA